AUGUAUAUACAGGCCAUCAGGAAGCCAUCGUUGGACGCUGGACUCUCAGAUAUAUGCAUUGGCAAAUCUGUGGCUCCAACUUAUCUUCCUGCAUGUUAUUUCAAGAACCAAUAUAAACAAGGGGAUGUGCAAGAGUUCAACCUUGUAGACGGUGGUGUUGCUGCCAAUAAUCCGGCAUUAGUUGCCAUCAACCAAAUUACGAAACAGAUUUUGGAUGGAAACCCAGAUUUCUUCCCAAUUAAGCCUAUGGAUUAUGGACGCUUUUUAGUCAUCUCAGUGGGCACUGGCUCGUCAAAGGCACAGCAGAAAUACAGUGCUCAAAAGGCAGCCAAAUGGGGAGAUUUAGGAUGGUAG